UGUUUACCUUAACUUUUUGUUUAAAAAGGCUACAUAAUAUAAUAUGAAAUAAGAAAAAGCAGAAUGUAUACAAAUACAAUAACUUGUGCAAAGUGUUAAUGUCAUGAACCAAAUGCAGGAGACCAGGAGAUCAGUGGCUGGCACUUAAGACUUUACUAAGUAAACUUAAAGCAAGCAAACCAUGGCAAAAGGGAGAAACAGCAGAAGACCUGAGCAAACUGAACUGAAGACACCUGUGGAUAAUUAUCAAAUGAAACCAGCUCUGCCCAAACAUGCGCGCAGACGCUGCAGACGCGGAUCCGCAGACCGACUUCUUCGAAGAAUCCACUGCGUUCCUGGGACAAUGGGGCCGCUUCCAGAAGCAGGUGUUUUUCGCUCUCUGCCUCAGCACAGUCCCCAACGGAUUGAUCGUCAUGAGCAUCGUCUUCCUCGCGGACACGCCGCCUCACCACUGCCUCGUCCCCGCGCAUCUCAACCUGACAGCCGCGUGGAGGAACGCCAGCAUCCCGCUGGAGGGCGGCGCGCGCACCCCCUCCAGGUGCUCCAGGUACAGACUGGAAGACUUGCUGAGUUUCUCGGAGGGUAACCUGCUGCCCGGCGUGGACGUCAAUCUGUCCACCGUGCCCACGGAGGGAUGCUUUGACGGGUGGGAGUACGACCACAGUGUCUACAAAUCUACCAUCAUUUCUGAGUGGGAUCUGGUGUGUGAUGACAGCUGGAAGAAUCCAAUGACUUCUUCUGUCUUCUUCUGUGGUGUUCUCACAGGGUCCUUCCUUUCAGGGCAACUGUCUGACAGGUAUGGAAGAAAAAUAGUCAUGUUUGCCACCAUAGUUAUCCAGACUGUUGCCACAUUCGUCCAAGCUUUCUCUACAAGUUGGGCCAUGUUUUGCGCAUUUUUCUUCUUUGUUGGGGGUGGAAAUAUCUCCAACUACGUAACUGCAUUUGUAUUGGGAGCGGAAAUAUUGGUCCCACGUAUUCGGACCAUUUUCUCCACUGCUGGAGUGAGUCUGUUCUUCGCACUGGGAUACAUGCUACUGCCGCUGCUUGCUUUCCUUAUUAGAGACUGGAGGAUGCUCCUCUUUGGCCUGACGGUACCCGGAUGUCUCUGUGCUCCUCUCUGGUGGUUCAUCCCGGAAUCUCCUCGAUGGCUGCUCUCUCAGGGAAGGGAGGAUGAGGCAGAGGCCAUUAUUAGAAAGGCUGCUGAGAUAAACAAUGUGGAGCCUCCAACAGUCAUCUUUGCUUCUUCAUUGAAGAAUGAAGAGGAGCCUGAGAAGACGAGGGCCCUUAACAUCUGUGACCUGCUUCACUCCCGAAACAUCCGCUGGAUCUCAAUCACGCUGUGGCUGGUCUGGAACUCUCUUUCAAUUUCUUACUUUGCCCUUUCUCUGAACACGGCAAACCUCAUCGGGAAUGUGUACUUCAACUGCUUCCUGUCUGCUUUGGUGGAGAUCCCGGCCUACUCGCUGUCUUGGCUCAUGUUCCGCUUUUGUCCUAGAAGAUUCAGUAUUUUCCCGAUGCUCUUUAUGGGUGGGGUGGUGUUACUCAUUAUUCAUCUCCUCCCAACAGCUUUGGUUUACGUAUCCAUAACACUUGAGAUGAUCGGGAAGUUUGCAGUGACGACGGCCUAUGCCCUCGUCUAUGCAUACACAGCAGAGGUCUACCCCACCGUCCUGAGGACCACAGCUUUGGCCUCCUGUUCUAUGGCUUCCAGAAUUGGUAGCAUCAUUUCUCCAUUCUUUGUUUACCUGCGAAACUAUUCAGUUUCACUGCCUCACAUCCUCAUGGGAAGCCUAACUGUUCUGAUGGGGUUGCUGAGUCUCCUGCUGCCUGAGACCCAUGGAAUGCCUCUGCCUGACACCAUCACUCACAUGCAGCGCUUUCCUGGGUGUUUUCGCAGAAAAGGCUACUGAGAGACAAAAGCAGCAGAAGAGAAAGCUCUUGAAGAAAAGUCUGAGCUCAACGAUCAGCAGUGAAAACAAGCAGAGAUGACGCCAAACGCGGUCGAUGCACAUUUUGAUGAACUCAUUUGUAUAUAUUGCAUUUUGCUAAUCAUGUAAAAUGCUGGACAUGACUUUUUACAAUUUAAAAGCAAAAAAUAAAAUACAAAUAAUUUUAUGAAAAAUAUAGAUCAAACCAAAUACCACACCAUCUUCCCAAUGGAGGUAAAAACUAUAGAAGUAAAAAAAUAAAAGAAUUUGAUGUCGGCGGUAGGUAUCCAUUCUCAGUAUAGGGCUGAAGAUAACUUCAGUGAUUUAUGGCUGAAUAAUAAAAGGAAAGAUAAAAAGGGGCCAUAUCACUGAAUUUCUUUAAAGUAAACUACCCAAAAAGGCACAAAAGGACAGCAUAUAAUAUAGAAUUUUAGCAAUAAGUGUUGUUGGGGGGGGGGGGGAACCAACCAACCAACCAACCAGGUUCUAACAAACCAUAAACAUGGAAGUUUAUCUAAUCAUUUAAAAAAUAUACAGAAAAAACUUUAUAAAUAUUUCUAUUAACUAAAUGUUAUUAACAUAUUUCUGAGCCACAUAAUUAAAAGUUUUUUAGUGUUUAUGUACAGAUUGUUUAAUAAAGAAAUAUUUUUACUAUUGAAUAUUUGUCAGUAAGGUUUUGCUUCCAAUUCUAGUCUGAUAACUUAUUGUGAAAAAUAAAAACACACAAAUACUUGUGGUUUUGAUCAACGUGCUGUAUUCAUUUGUACAAUAAUACUUUAAAAGAUGCACUUUUGAAUCUUAAUAAUAAAAUUUGAUUUCAU